UUUUAGAACUGUUUCCAGAAGUGAUGGGAGGGGAUGGGCAGGGCAGCUAAAUAUAGUCCUGGGGCCAUGGCUCGGUUGGGAGGGUCUGUCCACUGUUCACUGCCGGUGCUCCACUGCCAGCUGCUCCUGUGAGUCCUCUGUCCUUGCUCUGAGCCUACUACUUGCCUCUCGCUUGUCUUUGGACACGUCUCUGAUCCCCUUACGGUGAGGCCUGACCCUGACUUGUCCUCCUGGGAGUCUCUUUUGGCCUAAGAGCUGCAACCAGACCUGCCCGCCAUGUCGGCUGCGCCCGGCCUCCUGCACCAGGAGCUGUCCUGCCCGCUGUGCCUGCAGCUGUUCAACGCGCCCGUGACGGCUGAGUGCGGCCACAGUUUCUGCCGCGCCUGCCUGGGCCGCGUGGCAGGGGAGCCCGCGGAGGAUGGCACCGUGCCCUGUCCCUGCUGUCAGGCACCCACGCGGCCGCAGGCUCUCAGCACCAACCUGCAGCUGGCGCGCCUGGUGGAGGGGCUGGCGCAGGUGCCGCAGGGCCACUGCGAGGAGCACCUGGACCCGCUGAGCAUCUACUGCGAGCAAGACCGCGCGCUCGUGUGCGGCGUGUGCGCCUCGCUAGGUUCCCACCGUGGCCACCGUCUGCUGCCCGCCGCCGAGGCUCAUGCGCGCCUCAAGACGCAGCUCCCGCAGCAGAAGCUGCAGCUGCAGGAGGCGUGCAUGCGCAAGGAGAAGAGUGUGGCUGUGCUGGAGCAUCAGCUGGCAGAGGUGGAGGAGACAGUGCGUCAGUUCCGGGGGGCUGUGGGGGAGCAGCUGGGCAAGAUGCGGGUGUUCCUGGCUGCACUGGAGGGCUCUUUGGACCGCGAGGCAGAACGUGUGCGGGGCGAGGCAGGGGUCGCCUUGCGGCGGGAGCUAGGGAGCCUGAACUCUUACCUGGAGCAGCUGCGGCAGAUGGAAAAGGUGCUGGAGGAGGUGGCCGACAAGCCACAGACUGAGUUCCUCAUGAAAUAUUGCUUGGUGACCAGCAGGCUGCAGAAGAUCCUGGCAGAGUCACCCCCGCCCGCCCGUCUGGACAUCCAGCUGCCUGUUAUCUCAGAUGACUUUAAAUUCCAGGUGUGGAGGAAGAUGUUCCGGGCUUUGAUGCCAGCGCUAGAGGAACUGACGUUCGACCCGAGCUCGGCGCACCCGAGCCUGGUGCUGUCCCCCUCGGGCCGCCGCGUGGAGUGCUCGGAGCAGAAGGCGCCGCCGGCCGGAGAGGACCCGCGCCAGUUCGACAAGGCGGUGGCGGUGGUGGCACACCAGCUGCUCUCCGACGGCGAGCACUACUGGGAGGUGGAGGUGGGCGACAAGCCGCGCUGGGCGCUUGGCGUGAUUGCGGCCGAGGCCAGUCGCCGCGGCCGGCUGCACCCCGUGCCCUCGCAGGGCCUCUGGCUGCUGGGGCUGCGCGACGGCAAGGUCCUGGAGGCGCACGUGGAGGCCAAGGAGCCACGCGCGCUGCGCACCCCUGACAGGCGGCCAUCGCGCAUUGGCCUCUACCUGAGCUUCGGCGACGGCGUCCUCUCUUUCUACGACGCCAGCGACGCCGACGGGCUCGUGCUGCUCUUUGCCUUCCACGAGCGCCUGCCCGGGCCCGUGUACCCCUUCUUCGACGUGUGCUGGCACGACAAGGGCAAGAACGCCCAGCCGCUGCUGCUCGUGCGGCCCGAGGGCGAGCAGGCCUGAGCAGCCUCGCGGGGUCGGGGAGGGGUGCGGGGUCCUG